GGGGUGCUUGUUUUCCGGCAGCAGCCCGUGGAUAUUUGUGGGAUAAAGUUCUGUGAAGAGCAGAUAAAUAGAUGAUAUCAUCCUGCUGCCCGGCCUUCGUACUGCAGUGACCGCAAAAAUAAUGGCUGCGGACGUAAGCCAGUGGGAUGAAACUAUUUGUGACAAGGCCCUCUGCCAACAUCCACAGUGCUGGGACACGCUGAGGAGGGUCGAGGAGGGUCAUCCCCGCAUCCGCUUCACAAAUUCCCGUUCAAUUUCUAGGAUGCUUAUGGGAAGUGAAGAUGUGUUUCCAACAUUGAAAAUAGUGAACGUGCCUCCUGGCCAGUCUUUGAGAAGAUGCAUCAGGUGUUCCAGGUGUCACAGAACUUUCUCCAUCUCUGCUGCACCCUCUCCUCUGAAUUCUGUGCCCCAGGAUGGUCUGGGUGAAGACAGUGCUGUCAGUUCAGAAAGACCUGUUUUCCCGGGCUUGAACUCUACAGCAGGGUCAAAUGAGAUGAGCUUCGUGGUCUUGAGUAACAUAGGAAGGCUUCGAAUGUUUCCUUUUCCUGAGAUAGCCCCUCCUAAGCAGGGUUGCAGUUCAGAGAGUGGAAAUCUGAUCGUUAAGUGGGUCCCAAGUAAGCAUCGGCCGUGUCAGAAGGCGGGACAGCAGGCACUGCCGGAGUUAAAGCCUGUAAGGCAGAUAAGUGUUAAAGAUCUUGCCUCCGAAAGUCUUAUUGACCUUAAAGAAGUGCAGAGCCAAGGUGCUGACCUGAGAAGAACAAAAUCCAAGAAGACCCUUGCAGGAGGCCAGCGCAAUCUUUCGUAUCCUAAGAGAAGCCAGUUACUUAGCUACCCAUCCAAAACAACAAAAUCACUUGUAGACUGCAAAACUGAAGGUUUUGCAGAAGAAGAUGGGAUAUUAAGCCAGUCUUGCCCGGAACGGCUGCAGAUUGCAAACAUAGUGGAGCUGCAAGAUGAGGGUGCCCUGAAGCUGAUGAACAGGCAGCCAGGCUUUCCUCAUGCUAAAUCAAAGUCAUCCCGUCCCCUGCUAGUGCAAAAGGCUCCUGUAAUGGUGAAUUUGAAAGAAAAGAAUGCGCAGGGAAUCAAAACCAGUCAAUAUAUGAAGAAACCAAUAAAAAUUAAAACCAGACCAGGCAGGGUGCCCUUACGUCUCCUUUCGAAACUGGAGGAACAGCUCGACUGCUUGAGAAAGUCAGCGUUUCCUGCUGAGUUUCUACAGCGCUACACGGAUGGUGGCCACCAGCAGCCCUCUGGCCUGCUGGCAACGUCACCCAAAACAUUUGCAGAGCGCGUGCGUCGUGGAGAGGAGAAUCCUGUGGUGCAGCUGGUGGACGUCUGGAGGAGAAGGCCUCCUGGGAAGUCCGUGCUGGGCAAGAGCUGCCCAGCAAACCUGGUGCCGCUGGGUGUUGAAGAGCACGGGCAGCCGUUGACGAGCGCAGGGAGCUGGGACAACAUCUCCUGCCGGUGUGCUGUGAGCAGAGAGGACGAUGCAUGGGCACUGUGCUGCUGCCAGGGAGCCCAGUCUGCAGGCAGAGCAGUCCCGCUAUUCAAAGAGGAAUUUGAAGAUGACUCUUCCUACAAAACACCACCUCCACCUCCUCCUUCUCCUUGCCCACAGGAGGACUAUGACAAGGUUUUUUCAGAGAGAAAAUUCCUUCCCUUUGAAGGGCUUUCGAGCACUCAAGGCGGAUGUCUCUGUUAACCAAGGACAGGAACUUGUCCUGCUACUGGCGCGUUCCUGUCCCAGCUCCUGUCUCCCCUUGUGUUUGGGCCCCCUCACCUGCCCUGUGUUUUCCUCUGCAGACGCAGGGCAGGUGAAGGAAGCAGCUGGGCAGUUAUGCAGAGUGUAAAUGUUCAGGACAGGUAAAAAUCUGAGAGAUCUGAAAAUAAAAGAAGAGCUUCUUGCGCUCCCACCUAUUUCUGUGCUGUACUUUGGCUUCCAGAGAACAAGUCAACAACUCAAAUGCCC